AUGUCCACUGCAAAAGUGCCCUCACCCAUGGAGCAAGAUGCAACCUCGAUUCUUGAAGAAAGCGUCAAGGAAGUCUGCAUCUCCACACGGACGCAUUCAUUGAUGGAAUUACCUGCAGAGCUGAGAAACCGGAUCUAUGAGUACGCUCAGGAAGACGUACCUACUUCAGUCAUAUUUCCCAAAGUUGAGGAGAUUGACCCGAAUGAAAAGCGUAAUGUAGUGUUUGGCAAGGGCCAACCACUUCAAGGCAUCGCACUGGCACAAGUCUGCACAGCAACACGAAAGGAGUAUCGACCAAUGUACCUCCGCGCGUGCCAUUUCAACCUUUUGCAGUACCACCUCUCAGACUUCUUCAAGUUGUUCUACCCCACAUGGAAGGAUUAUGAGAACAAUCCUAGAAGGAUAACGGUCUACUUUGAUCCUAUUCCAUCGCCACCAUUACCGAAGAGGCCUCUUUUUAUCUUGCCACUAUUUUACAUGAGGAAUAAGUCCACGAGAAUAGAGAUCAAGUACUAUAACCGAGAAAGGCCGUGCAUCAUCGGCAAAUUGACCAAAGCACUUCUCACGAGGGAUAAUAAGACAUGGCAAGCAGAUAUACAAGCGGGUAACUUUGACAUGAUUUCCAUCGAACCCACUAAUUGGUGUAUACUAACCCGGAUCGUAUUUACACGUCAGGGCUCUCGAAGAUACGAGGUUUCUAAAAAUAAGGAUGCUGAAAAUGAGGAUGCUGAAGACGCGGAUAAUGAGGACUCGGAAGAUGAUGAUGAGGAAGAUGAGGAAGAUGAGGAUGAGGAAGAUGAGGAUGAGGAAGAUGAGGAUGAGGAAGAUGAGGAUGAGGAAGAUGAGGAUGAGGACGAUGGGGAUGAGAAUGACUUUGGAGAGCGGUACAUCAAGGAUGCCGGCUUCGAUAAUUUCUCAGACCUGGACGAGUUUGAAGUGACAGACAAGAUGUGCACGAACAUGCGCACUGAGCCUACGCUAGGCUAG